CCAGAGGCGCAUCCGAUUGCGAGCGCAAAGACAGACGUCACGGCGAUCGAAUCGCGUGGAAUCGACGUAUGGCUGAUGCUGAUGGCGCAGAGUCCAGCCAAGAAGCGAAGACUGCUGAGAGCAGCGGAAAACCCUCGGUGCUGGAGGUGUACCAGCCAGACUUUGUGAGCAUCCAGGUGGAGGGACAGGAAGUGAAGCUGGACCUAAAGGCCUGCGCCUCUCAGGCGGCCGCCUUCGCUGCGUUGAGCAGCGUGAGAUCAGCAGGUGCCGAUGAACCCAUCCUGACCCUGGAGAGCUUUCCAGGAGGUCCUGACAUGCUGAAGGACAUCGUUCGAUACAUGCAGGCCAAUGCCGCGGAGGAGCGUGCGACCCUGGCAGCGACCGGGCAGCUGGGCGUUCCGGCUGGAAUUCUGAAGGUGGAUCCAGGCGCGUUCCGCUUGGCCUACGACACCGAGAACAUCAGCAACUACUUGGAGGCGGCGGCCUUGCUACGGUGCCCACGGCUCAUGCGCGACUUUGCUCCGAGUGAUGUUCUGCGUGACACUGUAUUGGCCCCAGCAGCCAAGGAGCUCUCUUCCCGCAGCGUUUUGAGCCUUUUGGAACGCAUCAUGCAGCUGACCACGACGCUGGUCGAGUCAUCGGUG